GCUCAUAUUGUUUUGUGUUCACUAAUACAAUAUUCUAAACACAAUUUCUAGAAUAGCUUCUUAGUGAAGAAAGUUGUUUAAAACUAGUUUUGGGCCAGGUGGUGGUAGUGCAUACCUUUCAUCUCAGUACUCAGAGGCAAAGGCAGGUGGAUCUCCAUGAGUUCCAGGAUAGCCAGGGCUACACAGAAACCCUUUCUCAAAAAAAAAAAACAAAAAAAAAAAAGAAAAAGAAAACCAAGAAUGUUAGACUUAAUCCAAAGUUAGGUGGUUCUUAGAGAGGAACCUAGCAGGCUGAGGUCAGAUAAAUACAAGCUGUGGGGAAAUCCAAAUUUAAAUCUAUAAGCUUCUGACCACCGUUGUAAGCUUGGGGUAGUUUUCUUCCCUUUUACAUUUCCAUCCCGAACAUAUGGAAGAAAGACUGCAAACUUUUUGUUUCUAUUUCACUGUUAUUCCAUUUUCAAAUGUUGAAUAGAAAUAUAAGUAUAAACAGUAAUGGUAGUACAUGGCGUUAAUCCCAGCCCUCAGGAGGCAGAGGCAAGCAGCUCUCUGUGAGUUUGACGGCUUCCAGGACUACGCAGUAACUCUGUCAAACAAAGAAAAAAGGAAGUAGAAGUACAGCUACAUGUGCUGGCAGAUUUUUAUUAUAAAAGUAGCUUAUUUAAAGCACGAGAAUUAAGUUUUAUUAGAAGAUAAAAAAAAAGUGAGUGUAUUGCCUCUGCAUCCAAUUAUUUGACAUAUUGUCUUGAUUACAAAAUGUAUGAGUUAUAUUUAUUUGCUAUUAAUAUGUUACUUAUUUUUAUGGUAUGAAGGCAUUACAUAGGAACUGAAGGUAGGGGUCAGGUAGAAGAACUCUCAACUUUGUGUUCGUGAGGCUGUGUUCCAUCCCCAGUGCCACUAACAAAAAUAGUCCCUGCGUAAUGUGCAUGUUUAGUGACACAUUCUUAAACAUAGAGAAUGAAUGCAUACUGUUUAAGUGUACAUUAAAACCACAUCUCUUUAUUUGAAAUGUUAUUUUGCUAGUUAAUUACAGGAGAGAUAUAAAUAAAAUACACCUUUAUAAAUCCUGAUUACUCAUUUGUUAGCGUUCUAAAGAUUCUAGAUAAUAAAAACAAAAAUCCUGCCACAUGGAAGAGCUGAUUGAAUAUUCAUUGAAAGCUUGCCAGCAUUUUUCCUUGAAUUUCUGAAGCUCUCUUUGGAAAUGUCUGCCUGUGUAGCUCACUGUCCGAGUGGUUCUAGUUCGGAGAUGGAGCUGUGCUCCUGUGAUUUACCAGGAAAGUGAAGAGAGCUGCUCUAUGUUAAGUUCUUUGAUGCUGCUGUGGGCAGCAGGUAUGUUGAGGAGAAAUGUUUUUCCCACAUCUUUUGAAACAAAGAUUUUUAGUAUUAAAAAGAGAAUAUGUAAGCUACAACCAUGAUAAUAACUAUUUGAUGAUUUGAACAUAAGCUUGGGUGAAUUAAAAUUAAAAUUCUAAAUUUCAGAUCAGGUUGGCUUUGAUGUUUAAAUAAUUGUCUGUUUUCCUAUUAAGACAUAAGAAAUUAGUUAUCCUUUAUUCUGGAGGGUAAUGGACAUGUCAGCAAUGAGAAGCUUUAAUGUUGGCUUUGGAUUUCUCUUUGAUACUGAAGAGUGUAUUAGACAUGAUCGUAUGGUGAGCUGCAUUGCCCAGGCAAGUAUUGUAAUGGUAAGUAGUUGGGAAAAAAAGUGCUUCUCAUUUCAGGUUUUGAGAUCACCAUUGAACACCCACACACAGAUGUAGUGAAAUGCACCCAGUUAGUAAGAGAUCUAUGGGGGAUAGCAAGAAACAUUUGAGUGAAUGUUGUUGAAGAUUGUCAGUAGUAUAGAAAAUGAUGGCGCUCUUGUGAUAUUUGUAAGUACAAGCAAGGAUUUGGCACAGACAUCCUAUUUCAUGGCUACCAACAGUUUGCAUCUUACGACCUUCUGUCUCCAGUACAAACCCACGGUCAUAGCAUGUGUGUGCAUUCAUUUGGCUUGCAAAUGGUCCAAUUGGGAGAUCCCUGUGUCAACGGAUGGAAAGCACUGGUGGGAAUAUGUGGACCCUACAGUUACCCUAGAGCUGCUAGAUGAGCUAACACAUGAGUUUCUACAAAUAUUGGAGAAAACGCCUAGUAGGUUGAAGAGGAUUCGAAACUGGAGGGCUAUGGCUAAGAAACCAAAAGUAGAUGGACCAGCAUCAGAGACACCACUGCUCGGUCCAUCUCUGGUCCAGAAUUCCCUGUUAGUAGAUAGUGUCACUGGUGGGCCUGCCAACCCAAGUUUCCAGAAACCUUCAACAUCAACCUUCCCUGCUCCAGUACCUCUAAGUUCAGGAAGUACUUGUGUUCAGGACAGCCGUGCAUCGGAUAGUUUGUCAGUACUGGCAGCAGGAAUGCCCAGUACCUCAUACAGUUUGUCCUCAUCACACCAAGAAUGGCCUCAGCAUCCAGAUUCAGCCAGGACAGACCCUGUAUACACUCAGAAACAGGAGGCCACUCUCUCUGGGAGCCAGUACCUCAGCUUCCAGCAGGGACCUUCAAUGACACUGCAUUCAGGAUUGCAUCACAGGCCGGACAAAGUUGCUGAACAUCCAUCGGCUAAGCAAGAAUAUGCUCACAAAUCCGGGAGCAGCAAGCACCAUGGGCCCGUUCCUGCUGCUCCUGGAGUGGCUCCUCAGAAAAUGUCUUUAGAUAAGUACAGAGAAAAGCGGAAGCUGGAAACCCUUGACCUGGACACAAGGGAUCAUUACAUAGCUGCCCAUGCAGAGCAGCAGCACAAACAUGGGCCAGCCCAGGCAGUCGCAGGCAGCUCUGUCACUUCUCCCAUUAAAAUGAAACUUCCCGUCGCCAACUCCGACAAACCUGAGAGAAGCAUGGCCGAGAAAAAGGAAAAGAGUGGAUCGCUGAAGUUACGGCUUCCCAUCCCACCGCCUGAUAAAGGUCCCAGUAAAGAAGAGCUGAAGAUGAAGAUCAAAGUGUCGUCCUCGGAAAGACACAGCUCUUCUGAUGAAGGCAGCGGGAAGAGCAAGCACUCGAGCCCACACAUCAGCAGAGACCACAAGGAGAAGCACAAGGAGCACCUUGCCAAUCGCCACCACAGCAGCCACAAGCAUUUGCACAUGCACAGCGGAGGAGGAGGUGGAGGAGGAGGCAGCGGCGGCAGCAGCGGCAGUGUUAAGCAUGCUGCUGAUGGGAUGCCACCCACUGUGCUGAGGAGUCCUGUAGGCCUGGGCUCAGAAGGCAUCUCCUCCAGCUCCAGUGCAAGGAAGAAGCUGCAUGUCAACGAUGCCUCCCACAACCACCACUCCAAAAUGAGCAAAAGUUCCAAAAGUUCAGGUAGUUCAUCUAGUUCUUCCUCUGUUAAGCAGUAUCUAUCCUCUCACAGCUCUGUUUUUAACCAUCCCUUACCCCCUCCUCCCCCUGUCACAUACCAGGUGGGCUACGGACAUCUCAGCACCCUCGUGAAACUGGACAAGAAACCAGUGGAGCCCCACGGUCCUGAGGCCAAUCACGAGUACAGUACAAGCAGCCAGCAUUUGGACUACAAAGACACAUUCGACAUGCUGGACUCGCUGCUAAGUGCCCAAGGAAUGAAUAUGUAAUCACUUGUUUAGGUCAACUCUUCCUUUCUUUUGAAUUAAAAAAUGGUUGGAAUGGAAGCUUCCUCCUGAUCCAGCAGUGGGGCCACUGCUUCUGUAUUUGUAAGUGCUGCUUUAUUCUUCCCUCUGAAAAGAAGAGAUGAUAGGAAACAAGUCUGUCUCCACACACGAUAGUGUUACCAGUCCUGUAAACGCAUGGAAGAUGCAGCUAAGAACAUUAGGAUGAAUGGCUGGCUGCUGCUAGGAUUCUAAGCUGCCUCAAGCUUUUGUUAUUUAUGAUUUGAAUACUGUAGCUGUUUUUUUUGUUGUUGCUUGGCUUUGAAUGAGUGUCAACUGUUUUCUUUUGUGUAUUUAUACUUGUAUGUAUGGUUUGCAUGUCUCAGUGAUAAAGGGAUAAAACAGUAUACUGACAACUGUUUACAAGAAAGUGGAGAAAAAAUGUACAUACAUUUUUGUAUGUUUAGAUAUUACCAUAAAUACUCAGGAUCGGAGCUGCUUGUAAGUAUAACAAUAUACAGAAUAACUUUAUUUUCUCUCGUCAGAGUCCAUCACUAAUCUAAAACACAAGUGGCACUUUUUUAUGUUAACCUUAAACUCUAGGCCUUACUGGAAGCCGCUGAGGGGACACUUCACUACUAGGCGGGGAUGCGGUGCCACAGGUGGCCCUUAACACUGGGAAGUGCUCAGUUUGCCUUCAGAGGUUCUGACCAGAUUGGCUGCAGAAUCAGCCCCUGAUUUCUGAAGGCUGAAGAGGAAAAAAAUAAAUAAAUAAAGUUUACAUACACUUGAUGUGAAGUGCAUUUAAAUGUUUGUUGGCUUGUGCAGUGCUGGAGAAGAGCAGUUAAUAAUGUGGUUGAGGAUGACUGUGACUUAGCUCACAGGAACUCCCAGUGAAGAAUUUGUCUAUUUCUUCAAGAACUUUGACACUACCGAUUUUAGCAGUGAACAGGGAUCUCUUUUCCUUUAACAUUUGCAGUGACACCAUAGUCUUGAAUAUACUCUUCCCAUGGAGAGAAAGUGAAUGAGUAUGUGAAAGCGAGAGAGAUACCGUAUUUCUUUUUCAGGUAAAUGCAGUCUUCCUUAUACAAAUGAAAUGAAACCUCUGCUCUCUUGAUUCUUUUAUAUUCUAACAAUAAAUAAAAAGAAAACAUUGCUGACUGUGCAUUGUACCUGUAUUUAUAGCUUAUGGUCAUUAUCAGGAAAAUAUAAGGAAAAAGGCCAGCCUCAGGCAAGCCCCUGCUGGAGGUUUUACAUUCGUUUGCACAUCUCAGUAGGUUCUUUCUCAUCGAGGUGAUGCUUGCACUGUCACCUGACGCCUCGUCAGGGGAUAGAUGGACUUGUCUACAUUUUGGUGUAAGCACCAAUAGUAUGGCUCUUGUCUCUUGCCUAAUCUUGAAUUUAUUUCUGUGGUAAGUCUUAGCUGUUGAGUCUCUUAAGAUGGGUCGGAUUCAACUUGUAUUGAAUCAUAGUUUUCCUCUGUAUAUGAACUGUUUUGUUAUAAAGCCACUGAUCUGUGCACAAUUGUAAUUUUAUUCAAGUAUGUUGUGGUUGUAAAUAUUAGAGUUGAGCCUUGUACUCUACUUUUAUUUAGCAAUUACCUAAUUUGCCAGUAGCUGUUUGUUUGUUUGUUUGUUUUUUAAAGAAAUUGUUGAUUAUUUUGUCAAUGUUAUUUGAACUUGGGAUGUCAGAAGCCUCUUUGUGGGAACUCAGCCUAGCAGGCUCAUCCUCGCUCUGUUUUUGUCUUGCAUCAGUAAUCUGUUACUAUGUGAUUUUGUUGUUGUGUGGUAUACUAUUGUAUCAUAAACAUGGUGAUUCUGAUGCAGCUACAGUUUUACUGUGGAACAUAUUCAGAGACUAGCAUAGAAUUAAACAGUGUGAGGCGAGGGAGGGAAGGGUUUUGUUCUUGGUGAUUUAGAUGUGAAACCUCGACAGAGCAUCAUGUGAACUGACAUGGGGUGGUCAUGCUACUGUAUCAUUGGGAGUGAUGCCAGGAAUUUUAAUCAGCUUUUGUAAAGAGUAUCCAGAAAAGUAGUGAACUUAUUUUCAGUAUGACAUAGAAAACAAUGUGAAUAUUUAAGGUCUGGGACUAUAUAGUUAAACUUCACUAAGGACUUUCAGAAAUGUGUUGGGGUUUUUGUUUUUGUUUUUUUAAGAUAUGGGAAUAAAGGUAAUUUUGUUGAAUCUUAUUGGUGCUAAUGACGGACAGUUAAACAGAUAGUGUAUAUGCUGUGGAUCAGUACACUUAGUACUUCCAGAAUUGACUUUGAAAUGCUAUGUAUUCACUUUUCACUCUGUAAAUGUAAUUCUUUACAAUGACUAUUUAUUAAAAGGCAGUCAGUCAUGAUUUUUA